UCUGAAAAUUCAUAGUAGGCCUAGGCCUAUUUGCAUUGUUUUUACUACUUAAAAUACUUCCAUGAGACAGUCGAUAAUAAAGUUUAUUAUCGAUUGUCUCAUGUAAGUCAGUGCCGAUUGUAUCACCAUGUGCAGAAACAUUAAAUUAAAAACGUUAAGAAAGCUCAUUUAAACAGAUUUCCCGGAAUGGAUAUCUUCCAACUUGGGACCCCUGUGAACAUUAGAAGUCGCAGAACUAAAACAGUAGACAGUGGUCGCCAUUAAUGUACAUUCACACCGGAUCCGAAUUUUUGGAUCGGAAGCCUACCGAAGCGAUCGUGAUGAUGAUGAUGCUGGAUAUGGUGAUACAAUUGUCAACUCUUACGUAUUUAAUGGUAAUUUACAAUUAUCGCCACGGUUAGCCCUUGCGACACACUGCUUCGUGAGUCGAGAAACCUGUUUGAGAAGCAGACCAAGUGCUUCAACUUAUUGGUUGGAGCUGGUGUACAGGAGUGGCUCGUUUUAUUGUUAAUGCGCCUUAUAGUCGAAGAUUGGAUUGGAUCUUUUCCGUACGGUUUGAGUGAAAAGAUUAAGACGUUAUAAAGUUUUAUAAAAUUCUGAUUGAAGACCAUCACAUACAGGUGACUUAUUAAAUUCACGUUUUCCUUUCCUUCCAAUAAAGACACAAUAGCUCUAAAUUGUGAAACGCUCAUUUCACCUUUUUCGUAACCAGUGUUCAGAGCAUUAACUAACAUAUAUGCUUUAAACUAUUUCAAAACUGACGUCAAAGGAGUUUUCAACUUUCUAAUUGGCUGGUUUUGUAAUCUUUAAAAGAUCUCGUAAAAUGAUUGGUCUUUCUUUGUAUUAUUUUUUUACUGUAUUCAUAUUUUCAGAGACGCACUACACAGAUACUGCUGUUUUGGGUCUUGAUCCCCUUGUCAUUAAACCUGUAGACUUGAUAGUAUUUAUAUUUUUACUUUUACAAAUGUAAAGCUUGAUAAUUAUUGUCUUAAUUGAGUUAUUGAUUAUUUGAGGACUGACAGUACAUGUCCUCAUAACUAUUUUUUUUUAAUUAUAUAUGUUGAAGCUUGCGGUACACCACGUAAGUAGUUUCUUAAAAGAACUGUUGUUGUUGAGUAAGUUUCGACGUUUCGAUUGAGAUGCUUCAAUCGUCUUCAGGAGAAUAAUAUCUGCAGACACUCCAAACAGGGAAAUACUUAUAUGUUUGGGUAGAGAGGCUGGAUGGUGGUAAACUGACCAAUUAGUUGUUUAUUGAUAUUAUUAUUGAAUUUUUUCAGGGUGCUUGUGUGAAAACAGUGUUACGUGCGAACUUACUAGAUAGGAUGGGAACUUGAUUUCAAGUACAAGUAGGGCCUAGUAUAGUACGGAAUUUCUAAUCCUUUAAUGAGACUGAUUUCAUUUUAUUAAUUGGAAACUCUGAACAUUUGAAAUACAAUAAAACAAACCUGAACAACCAAGGGAUAACACAGACAGAAAAAAAAAUAUUAUCUUCCUUUUUAGUACUCACACAAAUGGACAGCAUGGCAGGAGAAUCCAACUCAAAAUGCAUAUAGGGCUAUAUAUUUCCUUCCCUAUAGUAUAGUAUUAAAAAUAAAAACAACAAUAACAAUAUAAUAACAAUAAAUAAUAAUACUAACAAUAAUGCUAGUGAUAAUGACAAUAAAAAUGAUAAUUAUUAUUUAUCUGUUAUUGCAUUUAAGGAAAAAUGAAACACUUUUAAAAAAAAUUCUACAUAGGCUUAUCCUCAGUUGUGUUAAAGGUUACAAUAUUAAUUAUUUGUCUGUGUCUAAUAUUCAUUAUUUAGUUCGUCUGACAAGGGAUUAUAUUUUGAAUUUGUACUUCAUAGCAUUUAGAACCUAUCCGAAUCUCUACUACAAGUAAAUAGGAUUUUGUAAUCUAAUGGUUUGCUUUAAUAUAAAAAAGGUGCUUGCAUUCGCAUUUAUGAUAUUUUUUUAGAAAGCUUCUACACCAUUUUCUGUUUAUAAAGCCUCAUAAUUAUAUUGAGUAUUUUUCUUUAAACUUUAAUAAUCAUUUAGCUAUAUCGUUUUUUAUUAAAACAAAUUAAUAAAAACACAUAAACCUGGACCAACAAUUGAUUAUGAUAUAUGACUCCUCAAUAGGGCCUAUACCUUGAUAUUCUACCAUCAACGAUUGAAGUUUUCACUUAGGCCUACCUCCUAACUAAGUAUAUUCAUAUUACCAUGCUAAUUAUUUUCUUUUUUAUUAUAAAUAUUUACUGUAUAACGCCUAGGCCUAUAUAUAUUAGAGAAUAAUUAUAUUGUUUUUAUACAUUUUGGGCAGGCCAACUUAUAAUGCGCCAGAUAUCUUGGCGUCAAUACCCAAACAAAAAUAAUGAUCCUCUGUGUUUGCUUUAAUUUCUGCUUGAAUAGCAAAUAAACAAUCAAGAUUCUAUAAUAAUUAUAAUGAGUAUUAUAUUGCUCAAUCAAUCAUUUCGCGAAUGAAAUAAUCAUAAUAUUGAUAAUAACAUUUUGUUUGACUUAGUAAAUUGAUUUAUUAACAAUACUCUCUCAAUACUAAAGCAAAUUGUUUAUAAAUUUUGCGUCUUGCUGUGUGUAUCUAAUUAUUAUGAAAUCGGGUGGAAUGAAGGCAAUCAAACUUCCGUUCGCCUUCAACUGAAUUGAAACCGCCCGACUACAGUACAAGCUGCGCCAGUGUCCUUGUUUUUACAUAGUAGCCCUUACCUGACCAGCAGACGCCUGGACUAAUAAUCCAUGAAAACACAUUGUCCAUCGCCUUAGUUACACAAUGAAGAAUAACCAAAUGAUGUUAAUUUUAAGCUAAUAAUAAUUAAUACAAUAAAAUGAACUGUGACAUAAUUAUAUAUUAUUAUAUAAUGUGAAUCCAAAAAAACUAUUAAAAAAAAAAACAUCUUUGUUUUGGACCAAUUUCAGGUAUAUACUGUAAUUAUUAAUUUUAAAUUAUAGAUUUCCCAUCGAUAAUAUCACACAAUUGUUAUUGUGCAUGCGCAGUAUUGUUUUACUGGCACGGAAUUUAUGAGAUCAGAGAGUAGUACAUUAACGAUCAUUUUGAUUGGUUGUUCAGAUUAAAUAAGUAUCCAUUCUGAUUAUCCAUGUUUGAAUAGUUCGGUAAUUAAUUUAAAUACAGUUGUUAUAUUAAGAAAUUUAGUGAAUUCCCAAUCAUAUCACUUGAUUUCUGGAGUAGAUGGACUAUACUAAAAAUGCUACAGUGAUUGAGAUAUAAAAUCGCCUAUUCUGGUGAUUUCUGUUAGAUAAGUGUGAUACUUUACUUUUAUUUUUUUCUUUUUCUCAUUCAUCUGGAGUUUGAAACCAUGUGGACAAUAUUAGUAAAAUUAAUUUUACUUAUUUACAUUAACAAUCAUUUGGAUACAGCCUUUUGUAUAUCGUGUGGGUCAGAAUGGGAAACAUAUAACGCCAGUUGUUAUCAAUACUUUUCGGACUCCAAAACAUGGGAAAAUGCCAGGGCUUUCUGUAUUGCACUUGGGGCCGAUUUGGCUGUAGUGAAGGAUGAAAAUGAGAAUACCUUUAUUGACUCCAUUAGCAGCAGUGAUGUAUGGAUUGGCUUAAGAGAUAUAGAAGAAGAAAAUGUAUGGGUUUGGAUAGAAUCUGGAGAAUGCUCCGAUUACACUAACUUCAACAAUGGUGAACCAAACGAUGCUGGUAAUGAAGAUUGCGUUGAACUUGAGACCUCAGGCCGUUGGAAUGAUCUAAAGUGUUCAACUAAACAGGGUUAUGUGUGUGAAAUAUUUGAAGAUUUAGAGAUACCGACAUUAGAAUCAACUUGCCCGGAUGACGUUGAAGUAGUUGUUCCCCUUGGCAGUACGUCCGCAGCGGUAACAUGGACUCCCCCAUCAUGGACAGACAAUGAGUGUGUAGUAACUAUAGAUGAAUCACAUUCUUCUGGUUUUGUGAUAUCUAUACCAGAUGGUGACAUUAGCGCGUCUAUCAACGUGACGUAUACUGCGUACGAUAGAGCUGGCAACCCGUCAGAAAAUUGCUCAUUUACAGCAACUGCAUCGUAUUGUCCGAUAGGAUGGGAAUACAACGCCGAAUUUUCCAGCUGCUACUGGGUUCAUACGACCACUGGCAGCUUCGCCGAUGCACGCACUACUUGUCAAAGCGAAGCUGGAGGAGACCUUGCAGUCAUUUCUAAUCAGGAGGAAAAUUCAUGGAUACUGACAAAGUUGACUACGGAUAGACUAGGGUGGGGAGCAGCAUGGAUUGGCUAUGAUGAUAUCUCUUCCGAAGGACAAUUUGAGUGGGCAGAGCAAACGGCACGUGAAGGUUCCUUGUAUGAAAUAAUUAUUUUAGGAAUCACAUUGGCACUCUUCCUCUCUCUAAAAUCUGUAAAAGUUAUCGGCUGUCCUGAUGGCUGGGUGUUUUGGCUUGGGCACUGCUAUCAAUACGUCGACACACUUGUUACGUGGAGUACCGCCGAAACGGCUUGUAACGAUUUACAUACAAGUGGUUAUUUGGUUACUAUUGCAUCGGAAGACGAAAACAGGAUCGUCGGCGAGGAAAUAGGUAUAUUGAACAACGCAUGGAUUGGUUACAGUGACUCGUCAAUAGAGGCUUCUUUUAACUGGGUUCCUUCUGGAAAAUGUUCAAAUUAUUCAAAUUUCAAUGAAAACCAGCCAGACAACUCUGGUAAUGAAGAUUGUGUGGAAUUUGAAGCAUCAUCUGAAAAAUGGAAUGAUUUGCCCUGUACCGACUCAAGAAGAUAUGUAUGCGAGAUAUUUGAGGACAACUCCAUCCCGUCAUUUGGCUCCUCUUGCCCCUCUGACCAGAGUCUUGUCACGGAUGACGGGAGUCUAUCGAUAGAAGUCACUUGGGUAGAGCCAACUGCAACUGACGACGAGUGUAUCGAUACUGUUUCGGCGAAUUAUAACUCAAGUGCAAUCUUCAGUACUUCAUCAACGAACACAAAGGAAGACACUACUGUUACCUACACAGCCACAGAUAUUUCCGGCAACCAAGCAACUUGCUCCUUUGUAGUGUCAAUCAUAUCAGUUUGUCCUGAUGGAUGGAUUUACUAUGAACGGAGCUGUUUCUUGUUCUUAAGUUCAUCGUACAAUUACGCAGACGCUGCCGAAGCAUGCCGAACGGAGGAUGAAAACGCUGAGCUGGCAACUAUUGCAGGUGCAGAAGAAAACACAUGGAUAGUUGAUCAAUUAAAUAAUGAAGGAGUAUCAUGGAGCAGUGGUGCAUGGAUUGGGUAUGAUGACAUUGAUGUGGAAGGGACUUUUGUCUGGGUUAAUCGAUUAUUCGAAGAAGUAUCCGAAUAUACAAAUUGGAAUUCUGGAAAUCCAGAUAAUUAUAAUUCCAUAGAGGAUUGUGUUGAACUUUUAACAAACGAGAAUUGGAAUGAUCAGGACUGUUCAGCAAAUAGAGCCGCAGUCUGUGAGAAAGUGGUUCGUUGUCCUUCUGGUUGGGUUCUAUGGCGAGGAAACUGCUACAAAUAUAUCGAUACACAGAAGACAUGGGAAGAUGCAAAAAAUGCUUGCGAAGCAGACGAAUCCACUUCCAACUUGCUUAUGAUCUCCAGCACUGAAGAAAAUUCGAUGGUUUUGAAUCUGCUUGGACUAAGUGAAAGUUCGUGGAUUGGCUAUUCGGAUAUAUCAUCAGAGGGCACUUUUGAAUGGGUAGAAGGUGACGAAUGUCCGAGUUAUGAAAAUUGGAAUAAUAAUGAGCCAAGUGACUCCGGUGGAAAUGAGGAUUGCGCCGAGAUCUUGUCUUCGAAUGGCGUUUGGAACGAUGGUGCUUGUACACUACAAAAACACUAUAUUUGUGAGAUUUAUGAGGAUAAGGAAAAUCCCAGUUUUAAUUCCACUUGCCCAUCCAAUGUAUUGCAAUACACACAUCUGGCGUACGACUACGUCAAUCUGGAAUAUACACCACCAAUACCAUCUGAUAACCAGUGUGUCGUCACUUUUGAGGGGAACUACUCACCUGGUGAUGAGGUAUACACAGGUGGUGCAGAAUUCAUAGAUGUUUCGGUAGUGUAUACAGCUGUUGAUAGAGCCGGGAAUCAGAACACCUGUUCAUUUAAUAUACAUAUUCGGGAAUGUCCUGACGGCUGGGAAUUAUGGGAAAGAAGCUGCUACAAGUUUGACGACACUGCACGAUCAUUCGCUGAAUCAAGGAUCGCAUGUCAAGCAGAGGAGGAUGCAGAUGUGGUGGUUAUAGGGGGCGUUAUUGAAAACAAUUAUAUAAAACUAAGAAUGGAUGAGCUCUAUCCAGGCUGGUCAUCUGCGUGGAUUGGAUAUUCAGACGAAACCUCUGAAGGAACGUUCGAAUGGUUGCCCAAUACUGUUGAAAUUUCCUACUAUAAUAAUUUUGGCCAAAGUCAACCGGACAACAGCAACAAUGAAGACUGUGUGGAAAUAGGCUCUGUUGGCACAUGGAAUGAUAACAACUGCGGUACGAGCCUGCCUGUAGUCUGCGAAAAAGUUGUGAAGUGUCCGGAAUCAUGGACUUUGUGGCAAAGAAGCUGUUACUUUCAUCACUCGGUGGAAGAAACAUGGUCUGCGGCUAACAGUUCGUGCCAAAACUACCACCCUGAAUCGACGUUGGCUGUCAUAUCGUCAUCUGAUGAGAACAACCUCAUUCGAAAUGCAUUAGGAGUAUCAACGCAAGUCUGGAUCGGAUACUCGGAUCUAGAUACAGAGGGUACCUUUGAGUGGCUGGAUAAUGGAGAGUGUUCCAAUUUUACAGUUUGGAAUAGUGGUGAACCCAAUGGUGGUACUAGCGAAAAUUGUGUUGAUCAAGAAACAAACUCUAAUUGGAAUGACCUAAACUGUGAUUCUACUAUAGGUGCUGUGUGUGAAAUGUUUGUGGACUCUGAAAUUCCAAAAUUCACUAAUUGUCCAUCAAAUCAAGAUGUGAACACAGAUGCAGGCGAGGACUAUGCAACCUUGACAUGGUCCGUGCCAGUUGAUUCGGACAAUCAGUGCGUCAUAUCUGUAGUAUCCGACUACAACCCUGGCGACCAGCUCCCUCUCAAUUUUGGUCUUGAAAAUACCAUUUCGAAUACAUAUACAGCGAUGGACAAAAGCGGUAAUAUUGGGACAUGUACCUUUUCUAUAACUGUUAGAGAUUCUGAAAGCCCAGUGUAUGACGCCUGUCCAUUAUCCAUGUCACUGAACACAGAUGCUGGAGAAAGUUUUGCUACCGUCACGUGGACAAUUCCAAGCUUCAUCGAUAACUCAGAUGAGACGGUUAAUGUUACAGCUUCUCAUACUCCAAGCAUCCAAGUUGAGUUGGACAGCGGUCUUACAGACACAGUGACCGUGACAUAUGAUGCAGUUGAUCCGGCUGGUAAUGCCCUACAAUGUGCAUUCAACAUCACUGUCUCUGACACUGAAAAUCCAGUUAUAACUGGUUGUCCUUCGAAUGCUAACUUUGAUACCGAUGCUGGUCAGGCUUUUGCUACCGUGACGUGGACAAUUCCAAGCUUCACCGAUAACUCGGAUGAGACGGUUAAUGUUACAGCUUCUCAUACUCCAAGCAUCCAAGUUGAGUUGGACAGCGGUCUUACAGACACAGUGACCGUGACAUAUGAUGCAGUUGAUCCGGCUGGUAAUGCCCUUCAGUGUGCAUUCAACAUAACUGUCGCUGAUACUGAAAAUCCAGUUAUAACUGGUUGUCCUUCGAAUGCUAACUUUGAUACCGAUGCUGGUCAGGCUUAUGCCACAACCACAUGGACUGAGCCAACUUACAGUGACAACUCUGGAUUGAGUACAGCUGCAUCCUCUCAAUCGCCGGGAUAUCAGCUAAGUGUGUCAGCUGGACUUGAAGCUUCUGAGAGCAUCACAUAUACUCUUACUGAUCCAUCUGGGAACUUCGAUACAUGCACGUUUACCAUUACCGUUACUGACAAUGAAUCCCCUACUGUUAGUGGGUGUCCUGCAAGUCAAAAUCUGUCUACUGCAGCGGCACAGGACUAUCAGGUAUUUAUUUGGACAACACCAACAUUCAUUGACAAUUCUGGAGAAACCCCAGCUGUUACUGAGAGCCAUGCAUCUGGAGUAACGGUAUCACUAUCAAGUGGAAUGCCAACAACUCAAGAAGUUGUUUAUGAAGCAACUGACCCUAGUGGAAACACAGAGCAAUGUACUUUUACCCUUAGAGUAUCAGACACUGAGAGUCCAACAUUCGUGAAUUGCCCUUCAAAUAUUAUACAAGACACUGAUGGAUCACUGAAUUACGCCACAGUUACAUGGACAGAACCUACAUUUAGUGACAAUUCUGGGCUCACACCGGCAGUGGUUCCUACUCACACUCCGCCCAUUCAAGUAAGCCUCAGUAACGGGUUGCAAACAACGACUACUGUGUCGUAUGUCGGUACAGACGUUGCAGGGAAUUCAGUCGAAUGUACAUUCGACGUUACAGUAUCUGACGCUGAAAGUCCAGUGUAUGACGCCUGUCCAUUAUCCAUUACACCUGACACUGAUCCUGGAGAAAGUUUUGCUACCGUGACGUGGAUAAUUCCCAGCUUUACAGACAACUCAGAUGAGACGGUUAAUGUAACUGCAUCUCAUACUCCAAGCAUCCAAGUUGAACUGAACGGCGGUCUUACUGACACAGUAAUUGUUACAUACGACGCAGUUGAUCCGGCGGGUAAUACUGAACAAUGUACAUUUAAUAUAACUGUAUCAGAUGUCGAAAAUCCAGAAUAUGACGCAUGUCCGUCAGACAUGGUGCUCGAUACAGAACCAAGUGAAUGGUAUUCAACAGCCAUAUGGAUGGUUCCAGCAUUUACAGAUAAUUCGGAUGAAAUAGUCGCAGUAACUGCUAGUCAUACAUCUCCCUAUCAAGCAACCUUAGACAAUGGAUUGUCAACCACCAUCACCGUUACGUAUGAAGGAUUGGAUCCUUCACUUAAUAGCAGGAUAUGCUCAUUUACGAUCACUGUUAACGAUAAUGAAACACCUGUUUAUGAUAUUUGCCCAGAUGAUCAAUACUUAACCAUUGGCUAUAACAUGGAUUAUGUUAUCGUAAACUGGACUGAACCUGUGUAUAUUGAUAAUUCUGGCCUUGUCAAUGUCACUAGCACACACGAGCCAUACACACGCUUCUAUGAUAACGCUGACGUGGUGUACACUGGUACUGAUCCAUCUGGUAAUGUUAACAUUACUUGUACAUUCUAUAUAGAGGUCACAGAUAAACAGGCACCAUCAUUUACAAAUUGUCCUAAUGACACGGAAGCGAAUACAUUACCUGGAACUAAACUGCAAGUGAUUACGUGGGAUGAACUGACUGUCACCGAUAACGUUGAUCCAAAUCCAGUCAUCACUGCUUUGUCAAUACACACUUCAGGAGAUGCUUACUUCAUUGGGCCUGGCUACGAAAUCAUGUACAAAGUGGUCGAUGAAACUGGAAACAUAGGUUACUGUAACUUCACCAUUCUUAUAAUCGAUGCAGAACCACCAAUAUGGAGUGACUGUCCAGUUAAUAUUACCAUUAACGCGGAACAAGGAUUAGCAACAGCGCAUGCGUUGUGGACUGAACCAUCUGUAACAGAUAACUCCGACAUUAUAGCAUCACAAGAUCAGUCUCACGAACCUGGUGAGCAAUUUAAUUUUGGAGAAACAAGUGUAAUCUAUACUGCCUCUGACGGUUCUGGUAAUGUCGGUAACUGCAGCUUCAUAGUCGAGAUAUUAGACGAUCAACUGCCAUCAUUUGGAGACACAUGUCCAUCCAAUAUUACUAUUGACACCGAACCAGAUGAAAAUUACGCUUUAGUCAACUGGACAGCACCAUCGGUAACUGACAAUGUUGCAGUUGACACAUUAAUUAGUACACAUACACCUGUGGAGCAAAUUAUGUUCGUUUCAGGCCAAUCAACAGAGGUGAUUUACACGGCAACUGAUACGUCCGGAAACACAAUAGACUGUGUGUUUAUAAUAAAUGUUGAAGAUAACGAACCUCCACAUUUUGCGGGAUGUCCAAGCGAUACCGAUCUCCCAACUGAUCCGUCUUCCGCUACUGGAACGUCUGUCUGGUCGCCUCCCAGUGCUCGUGACAACGUUGGAGUCGAUCAUCUUUUAACUACUGCAAGCCACACUCCAGGGUCACAAUUUCUAAUUGGUGGUACUACGAUCACAUAUCGUUCUUUUGACACAUCGUCUAAUGAAGGAGUGUGUACCUUUGUCGUAACUAUAUAUGAACCAGCAGGUUUUAUCAACAUAGAUAACCAACCACCAAUAAUUAUAAACUGUCCGUCAGACCAAUCUACUGAGACCGACCCAGGAGCGUCAGUAUCCACUUUUACCUGGAUUCCGCCUGUUGCUACCGAUAAUGUAGGUGUUGAGAGUUUUGUGGAAUCGAACGGCCCAGGUACUGAGUUCAAUAUUGGUGUUACAAAUGUGACGUACAUAGCUACUGAUGCAGCUUUACUGGAAAGUGUGUGUUCAUUCACCAUUGAAGUGAUAGAUAAUGAGCCACCAAUAAUUACAUGUCCAGAAGACAUCAGCCAAUCGACGGAUCCUGGGCAACCAUCGACAGCAGUCACGUGGCCAGAAGUUGCAGCAACAGAUAAUUCAGGAUCAGCCACGAUAAAUAGUUUUGGUCAUUCGUCUGUUUCAGGCGAUACAUUCUCAAUUGGAAAUGUUACUCUAACAUAUGAAGCAAGUGAUUCGUCUGGAAAUACUGCGUCGUGUUCUUUUGUGAUUGCAGUUGUUGAUGAUGAGCCCCCACAGAUAAAUGAUGCAUCAGAAGACAUAACUAUGUCUACUGACCCCGGAAUUUCUACAGCAGUCAUUACAUGGAUGGAACCUACGGCUAUUGACAACUCCAAUACAACGGUCAACCUUGAAACAGAUGUUGCAUCAGGAAGCACAUUUGAUAUUGGUAUCACAACAGUAACGUAUACAGCUACAGAUGUAAACAAUAAUGUGUUCAUUCACACCUUCACGAUUACAAUCACUGAUGAUGAACCUCCAACGAUCAACAAUGGCCCCCUAGACAUAACCAGCUCAACAGAUCAAGGUGAACCAGACACUACUAUCUCAUGGACUGAACCUACGGCUACAGACAACUCAGGGAAUGUUACAUUAACUUCAAACCAUUCGCCGAAUACAAUAUUUCCUAUUGGAAAUACAACUAUAGUGUACACAGCGUCUGACACCUUUGGUAACUCGGACACAUAUGCGUUUGUUGUCGUUGUUGAAGAUAACGAGGAUCCCGUGAUAUCCUGCCCGGUACUUCCCGCAACCAUCUCAACGGACGCUGGUGAAAACUUUGCUUCUGUUAUAGUACCAUCAGCGACAGCCACUGACAACAGUAAUUCAGUUUCGUUAACGUCAACAGGUGUCCAGAUGGAAUACAAUUUUCAAUUUCCAGCCGUACCAUACACCAUCGCAAUUACCGCUUCAGAUCCGUAUGGCAAUUCUGCAACAUGUUCAUUUAAUAUUACAAUCACUGAUGAAGAGGCGCCUACUGCCAUGUGUCCAAACAACAUAACCACCAGCACCGACAGUAACCAGCCAUCAGCUGUUGUGAUUUGGACUGUUAGUGCAAGCGAUAAUUCUGAUAUGGCAGUCUCUGUUGUUGAGGACGGUCAUUCAUUCAGUUCCGGUGAUGCUUUACCAAUCGGGGAAAAUGUAUUAACAUACCUUGCAACAGAUGUCUCUGGAAACUCUAUCACGUGCACUUUUAUGAUUAUGGUCAAUGACAAUGAGGACCCAAUCAUAUCAGACUGUCCUGUAAAUGUUAUGGUUGACAUCAGCGCUGAUUCAAAUGUGGCUACCGCUACUUGGACUGAACCUACAGCAACUGAUAAUUCAGGGAGUGCAAUAAUCAAUUCCGACUAUGAGUCUGGAGAUUCAUUCUCUGUUGGAUCAACAGUAGUUACUUACAUGGCAUCUGACCCAUCGAGUAACACAGCCGAGUGCCUGAUAACAGUUGAAGUAUCGGAUAACAUCCCUCCUGAUUUUGACGGAACGUGUCCGGAAAAUAUUACAGUGAAUAAUGAAAAUGAAAAUGCCGGAGCUGUUGUGACAUGGACAGUGCCUACUCCAAUUGACAAUUCUGGAGUUGUUUCGUCUUUCGUGUCAACGCACUUACCCGAAUCAUUUUUCGAAAUUGGUGGAGUUUUGGUAACAUAUACAGCGACAGACCCUUCGGAAAACAUAAACACAUGCUCUUUUACAAUAAUUGUACAGGACAUUGAACCACCGACAGUAUCAGAUUGUCCAAGUGAUAUAGUUGUUCAGACAUCUCCAAAUUCCAAUACGGGCUACGUCGAUUGGACUGAACCCACAGCCACAGACAACUCAGGAGUGGUAACUCUAACUUCAACUGAUGGUUAUGGUAACUUUGAUAUAGGAACGGUCGCCGUUAGUUAUGUAGCUGUCGACGCUGCAUCACCACCAAAUGUUCAGACAUGUACGUUCGAGGUUACUGUACAAGAUGAUGAACCACCAGUACUAGCAAAUAUUCCUUCUGACAUUGUACACUUCGCCGAAAUCAAUGAAGACUCAACUAUCAUUACAUGGGAUAACCCGACAGCGUCCGACAACUCAGGGUCGACAGCCGUGACAUCAACACAUUCUCCCGGAGACAGCUUUGGUAUUGGCGAAACAACAGUGACGUACACCGCAACGGAUGACUCUGGCAAUUCGCUUGAAGAAUCAUUUACAAUUACCAUUUAUGAGCACGACACAACUCCUCCAGAGUUUGUUAAUCCACCAAGUGAUGUCGUGGCAAAUGCCGACCCGGGAUCAGAUAGUACUACUGUCAUUUGGAGUGCACCUUCUAUUACUGACAACGUUGGAGUAAUGAACAUUACAGUAUCACACUCAAGCGGAGAAUCGUUUUCUAUUGGAACGACCACGGUUACCUAUACAGCGGUGGACUUGGCUGGAAAUGUAGCAAGUUCGAGUUUUACUAUUACAAUUGAGGACAACGAAUCUCCAGAGCUGUCAAAUCUCCCAGAGGACCAAAUAUUGACAUCAGACACUGAUUCAGCCACAGCUGUUGCGACGUGGACUACUCCUACGGCGACUGAUAACUCUGGUGUCGUUGCCCUGACUUCAGACCAUUCAAGUGGGGAUGUAUUUGAAGUUGGUACUACAACAGUAACGUACACUGCCACCGACGGAUCCAACAAUGUGCAAUCAUAUUCAUUUGCAGUUACAGUCACUGACAACCAAAACCCAAUAAUUCAUGACUGUCCCGGUGAUAUAACGACAUUUACAGAUGAUGAAAGUAGUGUGGCCGUUAUUGAAUGGGAUGUACCUACUGCUGUAGAUAACCAUGAGAUCGAAUACCUCACUGCAUCAACACCACCAGGUACAGAGUUCAACGUUGGCAUGACUUUAGUGACAUAUACAGCAGCUGAUAUCACAGGAAACUUUGUAAACUGCGAGUUUACUGUUACUGUAACGGAUGUCCAACCACCAUGGUUUCAAUCGUGCCCAACUGAGGCAAUUGUACAAACAGUACCGAUUGGCAGCGGCACAGUACCAGUUCUCUUGCCAGAUCCAAUGGCGGUAGACAACGUAGCGGUAAAUGGAACCACUACGACGCAUACGUCAGGAGAAGAUUUUCCUAUUGGCAUUACAACAGUAACGGUGACGGCAGUAGAUGAUGCCGGAAAUAGCGCUCAUUGUACUUUCACUGUGGAAGUCGAAGAUACCGAAAAUCCAGUGUUUAUAGAGUGCCCAUUGAAUAUCCAACAAUCAACGGACACUGGCUCGAACGAUGCAGUUGUCUCGUGGACGGAGCCGCAGGCUACGGAUAACUCCGGUGACCCCACUGUAACACAGAGCCAUCAACCUGGAUUUGUGUUUCCAAUUGGGGUUACUUCAGUUGUUUAUUCAGCCGUGGAUGCCGACUCAAACAUUGCUACUUGUUCAUUCUCAGUACAAAUAUCGGAUGACGAGGCUCCUGUGUUUUCAUUUACUCCGGAAUCGCAGACUCAAGAUACAUCAGAGGGCUCUUCGACAGCUGUUGUAACAUGGGAUGACGCUGAGGCAACAGAUAACUCUGGUACAGAUCCAACUGUGACUGUCGACAUACCAUCUGGAAGCACAUUUCAAAUUGGAAACACCACAGUCACUUACAGAGCUGUCGACUCUGAAGGAAACGAAAUUCAAUUUUCGUUUGUGAUAACGGUUACAGAUAAUGAGGCACCGGUUAUAGCAAAUAUGCCUGAUGACGUAGAAUUAACUACAGAUGUUGGGGAUUCUAUGGCGAGCUAUUCAUGGAUCACCCCAACAAUUACUGAUAAUUCUGGAUCUGUUAGUACGAUGAUAACGAAAACCUCACCGUCAUCAUUUCCGAUCGGGACGACAGUUGUUUGGUACAAUGCAACUGAUCCUUCUGGAAACACAUUUAAACAACAUUUUACCGUUGUAGUCGUAGAUACCGAAGGGCCUGAAAUUGUCAGUUCAACAGGUGAUGCCACGGCAUCGACGGAUCCUGGAAGUGCCUCCAGUGCAGUUUACUGGACUCCACCUAGCUUCACAGAUAACGCAGGAGAUUUAACUGUGACUUCAUCGCAUGAGCCUGGUGCCUCAUUUCCGAUUGGGAUUACAACUGUCACGUAUACGGCAGAGGACACGGCCGGAAAUAUAGCAAGUGUAUCAUUUGAUGUUAUAGUUGAAGAUAACGAGGCACCAGUUUUUCAAGACAUACCAGAUGACGUAACAAUAGUUCUUGAUACAGGUGAAACGAGUGCAUCUGCUUCCUGGGCUGCGCCACUGGUAUCGGAUAAUUCCGAUAGUUACAAUGUCAGUAGUUCACAUGAUCCAGACACAACAUUUCCUAUUGGUGAAACAGUGGUAACAUACACAGCAACAGAUGCAUCUGGAAACUCUAAUACGAUUUCUUUCGUUGUUGAUAUUCUUGAUGAACAAUCCCCCGAAAUUACGUGUCCCGAUGGCAUCAGUGUGCCAACAGACAAAGGCAUGUCAACGGCUGUUGCAACAUGGGUCGAGCCAGAGGCAACUGACAAUACUGGCACGCCUACAGUAACGUCGUCUAGUUCAUCAGGUUCAAACUUUACAUUGGGUAUCACUCCUGUACUUUACACUGCUACAGACAAUAGUGGUAACAUCGCCACUUGUUCGUUUUAUGUAUUUGUGCAAGAUUUGGAGGCACCGACAGUAGAGAAUUUACCAGGCGAUGUCGAUACUGUUGCUGAACCAGGAGGAAAUAUAGCAACUGUUGAAUGGGAAACGCCAAUUGCGUCGGAUAACGCUGGUAGUGUGGCAGUCGUUCAAUCGCAUGAAUCACCAGCAGAGUUUCCGAUUGGCGAUACAGUUGUAACGUACACGUUCACUGACGAAGCAAGUAACAGUUUCGUUUACCAGUUCACUGUCUCUGUUGCAGAUGACCAAGACCCGAUGUUCACAUCCAUUCCGACAGCUAUUUCUGCUUCAGCAGAUAAAGGUAGCUCUGGGACUGUUGUCCAGUGGUCAACACCGACAGCUGAGGACAAUUCUGGGUCAGUUGUUGUUACUACAACUCCACUAUCCGGAUCUGUGUUCCCUAUUGGAACAACCGACGUUGUCGUUACCGCAGCUGACGGUGAUGGCAACAUAGUUGUAGAAACCUUCAGUGUAACUGUAACUGAUGAAGAAUAUCCGUCAUUCCCAAACUGCCCGUCUGCAAUUGAUCUUGAAAUAUCUUCUGGGACAAGUGUCAACGUCACAUGGACAGAGCCAGUAGCUAAUGACAAUCAUGGUAUAAAGUCAUUGACUUCAAACUAUGUUCCAGGUGACUCAUUCGGUACUGGAACGACAACGGUUAUUUACAAUGCAACUGAUCUUUCUGGCAAUUUUGCGCUUUGCCAGUUUCCAGUGACAAUACUGGAUACCGGAUUGCCUGUAUUUAAUGAUUGUCAUGAGAACAUCACUAGAUGUACAGACACAGGAGAAAUCACAGGCAUAGUCACGUGGACAGAGCCAACAGCACAAGAUAGCUUGAAUAGUGUUGUUGUUACUAGUAAUCUUCAACCAGGCGUAUCACUACCAGUAGGCGAGAAUAAGAUUGUUUACGCUGCCACAGAUGCAGCUGGGAACACCGCCACCUGUACAUUUUAUGCAGUCGUUAAUGAUUGUGAGUCUCCAACGUUGUCCAGUAUACCAAAUGACAUCAGCGUUGAUUCCGAUCCGGGUAGUUCCAGUGUUGUUGUGUCGUGGUCAUCUCCUACUGCAACUGAUAAUUCCGGAGUUCAGCCCACCCUUACAGCUUCAAUUCAACCGGGCUCUGUAUUCCAGAUUGGUACUACGGAAGUUGUGUACACAGCAACCGAUAUGGAUGGAAACUCAGAUCAGAUCAGUUUCUUUGUUACUGUUGUUGAUAGGGAAGGUCCUUUACUAGAGGGCUGCUCAUCAGAUAUCCAAUCAGCAUCUCCGGUUGUUAACUGGGCAACGCCUUCCGCUCUUGAUAAUUCGGGAGACGUUACAAUAACGUCAACGCAUUCUCCUGGUGACACAUUUGAAGAUGGGACUACCGAAGUGGUGUAUACGGUUACGGAUGGCAGUGGAAAUUCAGCACAGUGUCAGUUUAGUGUAACAGUUAUAGACACAUCUGUUCCUAUAUUUCGGAAUUGUUCAACACCAAUCCAAGUUUCAACUGAUACAGGUCAACCAACAGCAAUAGUAACUUGGUCAGACCCAGUAGUUAUUGACCAAUCAGGCGUCACUCUCACCCAAACAGUACAAUCAGGGACUGCAUUUGAUGUCGGAGUUCACACUGUGACGUAUUAUGCUGUUAAUUCAAAUGAGGCUCAAUCUAAUUGCACUUUUACGGUAACAGUAGUCGAGGAAUUUGUCGACAUCGACCCUCCGGUGAUAACAGGAUGUCCUUCUGACGUAGUUGUUACUGCGUCAUUGGGAGAAACAUCAACUGCUGUUACAUGGACACCACCCACUGCUUCUGACAACUCAGGUACCCCAGUCGUUGUUCCUAGCCACAACCCAGGUGACACAUUUGAAGCUGGCUCUACUGCGGUGAUAUAUACUGCAAUUGAUUCUUCUGGAAACCAUGACACGUGUUCCUUCACUGUAAACGUAAUGAUUGAAACAGAUUCAGAAACUCCAACAUUUACAUCAUUCCCAACCAAUAUCGAAAGAAUUGUUGCUCCCGGAACUUCUUCUGUAGUUGUGACGUGGAACAUCCCAGUUGCAACAGACAAUGCUGGCUCUCCAACCUUAGCUUCGCAAUAUACGCCUGGUCAAUCCUUUACUGAAGGAAUGACUGUCGUAAUAUAUACAGCUACAGAUUCCUCUGGUAAUACGGCAACGGAUAUGUUUACCAUUACAAUUAUUGUUGAUGAUUCACCACCAACCAUCAUAAAUUCCCCUGAUGACAUAGUGGCAACAGUUGACCUCGGUGUGACCUCAACAUCCGUCACCUGGGAUGAACCAACAGCUUCAGAUGAAUCGGGAGCUGUGACUCAAGUUGGUCCGAACUUUCAACCAGGCUCAGUGUUCUCACUCGGCACUUCAUUGGUUUCAUACACAUUUGUUGACCAGUUUGGAAACACGGCCAUUUCUCAGUUUUCCAUAACUGUACAAAGUGAAGAGGAUACCGAACCACCGUUUAUCUAUGGGUGUAGCGGUGAUAUCAGUGCUAUCCUCCCGAGUGGGGCAGAUUCGGUAACCGUGUCAUGGACGACACCGACAGCAACAGACAACUCAGGAUUCUUUACCUCUGAAAGCAAUUAUGCUCCAGGUGAUUCUUUUACCAAAGGGACAACGGCUAUUGAAUAUAUAUUCAGGGAUGAUACUGGAAACCAAGCCAUGUGCAACUUCAAUAUAUUUGUUACAGAUCUUAUUAGUUUGACUUGUCCACUUGACCAAACUGACAUCGUAACAACGUCCUCGUCAUCUUCUGUGACCGUUGUCACGUGGACCGAACCAACUAUUGAUGAGUCUUCUGGAUUUACUUUGUCGUCUACGUAUAACUCAGGAGCAUUGUUCGCAGUUGGCACAACGGUCGUAACGUACACUGCAGUAGAUUCCCUCAACAAUGUUGUCAGUUGCAGUUUUUCUGUCACAGUUAUGGAGCACGAUACAACGCCUCCCGUUAUUACUAACCUACCAACGGAUAUUGUUACAAGCACAAUUCCUGGAAGAGCUACUGCAUCAGUAACUUGGAAUAUCCCAUCUGUUAGUGAUAACUCGAAUUCAUAUCAACUUAUCGGUAACUAUGACCCUCCUACAGAGUUUGAAGUUGGAACAACUCAAGUUACCUACACAGCAACAGAUGAUGCGGGUAAUAGAGCCACCGCUAGUUUCUUGGUAACUGUGCAAGAUACUGAGCGACCUGCUAUCAGUAAUUGUCCUUCAAGCAAGAUUUCAUAUGUUCUUGAUUCUUCGUCAACGGCACUUCUCCACUGGGAUGAACCAACGGCAACUGACAAUGUCGGGAAUGUUACAAUGGUUUCAAACAUCAGUCCCGGUGACCGGCUGUCUCCAGGCCAAUACAUAGUUACGUACACAGCAACUGACCAAUCCGGUAAUACCGCUACGUGUUCGUUCACACUGACGAUCUCUCUAGCAACAUAUACUGAUGAGAUAUUAGCUAGCACUACAUUUGACAUCAUCCGUGGAGAGAAUGGAAACUUUUCUGAAGCACAAGCUGCAACGCUCAUGUCGCUAUUAGAAGAUGAUAUUGAAGAUGUGAUACGCCAAAGUGAAUUUUCAUCAAGUGUUGUCGGUGUAACUGUUAAUGGUUAUUCCUUUGACAACGUAAAUAAUCCUGUAGUUAACUAUACAAUAUAUUUUGAUGACGGCUCUACUGUAACAGAACCUGGCGUAGAAGCACUUUUAAAUGCAGCGCUUCUGAAUGGCGUUCUCCCUACUGGUAAUACAGUUCAGGAUGGCGCUUUUUAUAUUGGAAUCGGAGAAUGUGCAGACGUCACCUGUGAGAAUGGAGGUAAAUGUAAUAGGGUCACAGAUGGAUAUGAAUGCCAAUGUACAUCCGGUUGGACAGGAAAUUUGUGCCAGACAGACUUGAAUGAAUGUACAUCAAGUAGCAUCUGCAGCUCGGAUCUUGUAUGUAAAAAUACAUUUGGAGGUUACUUGUGUGGAUGUGAACCCGGCUUUCAUCUAAAAAACUCAGUUUGUGUCUUGUCAAAAGAAAUCACUGGUGAAUUUGCAAUUGCGGAAAUUGGAGAUGCUACAGCAAUUUUUACUGAACCAUAUCUAAAUGCAGACUCUGAUGAAUAUUUAGACUUGGAAGCUAAAGUUAUUGAAACUCUAACAAAGAUUUUCAAAGACUUACCAGGGUUCGUGUCAGUCUACGUCUUUCAGUUUUCAAGUGGAAGUAUUAAAGUUCAGUAUGUUGUGCAAUUUGAUUAUGAAUCAAAUACAACAGCUCCAAAUGUCAACGACAUAUUCAGUGAGAACGUUGCCAAUGAUGGCAUGCUUUCUGAUUCAAUUCUCGAUCUUGAACCAGAAUCCUACCAAGUUAUUGAAGAAAUAUGUGUGCCCGGUUACUGUUCAAAUGGGGGCGAGUGCUCGAUAAACACGGACACCUACGUCAGCAUGUGUAUAUGCCCCGAUAUAUAUACUGGAGAUAGGUGCGAUGAAAUUGUCAAGGUCGUGGCAGGCAAUACAUUCCAAAUUAUCGGCAUCGUUCUUGGGUCUCUUGCUGCAGUCAUAUUUGUAUUCCUGAUAGUGGCUGGUUUCUGUUGUUGGUUACUUGGUGCCAGACGACGUCGACGAAAAGGUGCCCUAUACGACGAUGAUGAUCACAGGAUCAUUCGUACGCUGACAACACCAAUUGAUUCGCCAGCUUUGAAGCCUGUGUUUUAUCCACCACCCAUUGCGGAUAAAACCUACGACCUUCGUGAGGAAUCAAAUCUUGGAGGAAACCUUGACGAUGUUCGUACUAGAAGUUUACGUGAUGACAGUGGAUUUUUGAACCCCUACGUUGCUACUGGAUAUAUCAAUAAGGCACACUCAUUUAUGAAUAAUUUUGACGACGAUCGUUCCAGUAAUGACGAUUCUGACAUACAGAAUAAUCACCACAUGUACUAGCUAUGCAGUCUUUAAGAUAUUACUAUCAUUAGCACUUUAACAGAGAGCAGUCAUACAUUAACGCAUCGCAGCUAUUAUCGUAUGAAAAAAUAUGUUAUAUCAAAAUAAUGUAAUUGCAGCUAUAUUUUUAGACAAAUUCUUUAUAUAUUAAUUAAGGGAAAGGAUUGUUUUUAAUGUUUUACAUAGUAGGCCUACAGACGUUCCUGGAUAUAUAUUUUAACAUUGACAUACUAUAUUUUUAUAAAUAUUGUUUUUUUUUUAAUUUGUUAUAAUUUGUAGCGUGUAUAGAGUUAUGAUAUCAGGGCAGUAACAUAUAAGGAGCGAGUGGCGCAGCGUGUAGGUUGUUGGAUUUCUAGUCGUGAGAUCGGGAGUUCAAGACCGACGCUCGCCGCACUGCUUGUGUCCUUGGGCAAGACACUUUACUUACGUUUGCCUCUCCUCACCCAGGAGUAUAAAUGGGAGGGUCAUUCUGUUAAUCUGCUCGUUAGUGACCCUGCUACGACUGUUCCAGUCA